CCCUCUCUCUCUCUCUCUCUCAGAGUGUCAGUUCACAGUCACUCGAUCGCUCCAGAUAACAGAGGACCGUAGCUGCGCUGCACACGCACACAGCUGAUCGAGUGAGCUUGCGACCAACCAUGGCCGACAGGUCAGAUUCAGAGCAGAGCAUCCACGUCCUGUUGCUCCCGUACCCGAGCCAGGGCCACAUCAACCCGAUCCUCCAGUUCGGCAAGCGCCUCGCCGCGCGCCGCGGCGUCCGGUGCACGCUCGCCGCGACCCGGUUCGUCCUGAGCCAGAGCCACCCCAACCCGUCCCCGGGCGACGGCGCCAUCCGCGUCGCCGCCAUCUCCGACGGCUGCGACCGCGGCGGCAUCAGGGAGGCCGGCGGCGCGGACGCGUACCUGCCCCGGCUGGAGGCGGCCGGGUCGGAGACCGUGGGCGCGCUCCUCCGGUCGGAGUCGGAGCGGGGCCGCCCCGUGCGCGUGGUGGUGUACGACGCGUUCCUGCCGUGGGCGCGGCGCGUGGCGCGGCGGCACGGCGCGGCGGCCGCGGCGCUCUUCACGCAGCCCUGCGCGGUGGACGUGGCGUACGCGCACACCUUCGCCGGACGGAUCAGGCCGCCGCUCGCCGGCGGGGAGCCCGUAGAGCUGCCCGGGCUGCCGGCGGGACUCAUGCCGGGCGACAUGCCGUCGUUCCUGGCGGAGCCCAGCGACUACCCCGCGUACCUGGACCUGCUGACGAACCAGUUCAACGGCCUGGACGCGGCCGACCACGUCCUCAUCAACUCGUUCCACGAGUUGCAACCACAGGAAUCGGAUUACAUGGCGUCCACGUGGAGAGCCAAGACGGUGGGUCCAACCGUGCCGUCAGCCUACCUCGACAACAGCUUGCCGGACGACACGUCCUACGGCUUCCACCUCUACACCCCGCUGACGGCGACGACGAGGGCCUGGCUGGACGGCAGGCCACCGCGUUCCGUGGUCUACGCCGCCUUCGGCAGUAUUUCGGCGCCCACCGCGAUCCAGAUGGCCGAGGUGGCGGAGGGCCUGUGCAACUGCGGCAAGCCAUUCUUGUGGGUGGUCAGGGCAUCCGAGACGGCGAAGAUCCCUGAGAACUUCGCCGAGAAGGCGAAGGAGAGGGGCCUCGUCGUGACAUGGAGCCCCCAGCUCGAGGUGCUAGCGCAUCCGGCCGUAGGUUGCUUCGUGACGCAUUGCGGGUGGAACUCGACGACGGAGGCGCUAAGCGCCGGCGUGCCAAUGGUAGCGAUGCCGCAGUGGUCCGAUCAACCCACGAAUGCCAAGUACAUUGAGGACGUGUGGCGAGUGGGCGUUCGGGUGCGUCCUGACGAGGAGGGCGUUGUCAGGAAGGAGGAGGUUGAGAGGUGUGUGAGGGAGGUGAUGGAUGGCGAGAGGAGCAUGGAGUAUCAGCAGAAUGCUACUGGAUGGAAGGAGAAGGCUAAACGAGCUGUGAGUGAAGGUGGCAGCUCCGAUAACAACAUCGUGGAGUUUCUUGGCAAGCUGGGAUGGAAUAGGAGUUGAAUAGAAAAUUUCAAUAUUCUGAUUUUGCACCUGCCAUCUGUCCCAAUAGCUAGUCUCUCUUCGUGAAAUUCUAUCUGUUGUUGAAUAAUGUGUGCCAUUUAAAUGCAAUAAUAAAUGGAAGUCGAUGUCGGGAAGUC